CAAAACACUAAUUAAAAUAUCACUUCUUUUAUUAUAAACUCGCUACAAAUGACUGGUUAGGUUAGUCCUGGCAGUAAGGCACGCAAUUAUUAGAUAUUUCUUAUUGUAUUUACAUGAAGAACAUCACUAUCAACAAACUGCCUAAACGUUUUAUUUAUUUAUUUAUCAUUAUUUUUUAUCGUUAAUUUUUUGGCCAAUAAAGAUGGAUAGCUGUUAUUUUAUUUAUCUAUUUUUUCUAAGGGCGUCCUUAAGUGAUUUUUAAACCAUUCAUAAUUUUGACAGAAAAAAUGGUAGGCUCGUAUAAGAAAACAAAAUAAAUGUACGUAAAAAUUGAAUAAAUAAAAUGUUAGGCAGUUUGUUUAGGUAGGAGUGAUAAUGAGCAAUUUUUUUCCAAUCUCUGUGUCUUUUCCUUCCUUUCCUUGGCAUGACGUACCAACAUUUCCCUCAACAUAAAACACGACCAUAAAAAUAAAUAAAUAAAUAAAUGUAUUCCUCUGGGGCUUAACACUCACUAAAUCACAUCAUCAAGAAAAUAACCAGUAAAAAUUUCUACACGUGUUUCUAAAGAUCAAAAUGCCACUGUGAUAAAUAAAUAGAUAAAUAAAUGAAGCGUAAAUGUUUAUAGUCUCGUACCCCCCGCGUGCCAGUGUCAAAAGGCGUGUAUUGUAAGAGAAAGAGUCUAUUACAUUUUAUCCGCCGACAUCUGCGUGAAUUCACCUCCUGCAGUGUAAUUCUUGCAACACCCAAGGAGAUUCACCACCAGGGAGGAAGAUUUGGCGGGAAAAAUGGAGUGAGAAGCGAUGGACUGACGGAAUAUAUGACAAAUAAGACGGUGACACGGGCCGCAGCUGCCUGUGUGUGUGUUGUGGUGCAAGCUUGGUGCCUGGCUGAGAGGGUCAGGAGCUGCUGCUAAUGACGGCUGACAACACUGUAAUAUUGGCGCGUCACUUCAAGGAGCAGGAUAUCGAUGAGUUCCGUGAGUGCUUCUCCCUGUACGCGCGUCACAGCACCAUACGCACCCUGGACCAGCUCACCGUCAUCAUGCGCUCCCUCGGCCUCAGCCCCACCAUUGCCGAGCUCAAAACUUACUUCAAGGACAAGUGAGGCAAGAUGAGCUUCCCGGACUUCCUGGAGGUGAUGCACAAGCACAGCCAGGUGGAGCGCAUCCCGGAGGAGAUCCUGGCGGCCUUCCAGGGACACGACCCACGGCGCACUGGGGCCAUCCCUGCCCGGGACCUGCGCCACAUCCUGCUGCACUGGGGGGAGCGACUCAGCCACAAGGAAGUGGAGCAGAUCUUCCGAGAGGCCAACAUCUCACCAAACGGCAUGGUGCGCUACCAAGACUUCUGCCGCAUCGUGUGUGCCCCAGUGCCUGACUACUACUAGCCCCACCCUGACCCUGGCCUGGCACUCCGACCUAACCUCACCUUACUCUACCUUACCUAACCUAACCUAACCUUACCUUACCUUACCUAAUUUAAUCUUACCUUACCUUACCUUACCUUAACUUUACCUUAUCUUCCUUAACUAAAUGAAACACAAAAUGGCCUAACCUAAAUUAAGCUAACCUUACCUUCUCACCUAACCUAAUCUAACCUUAACUUACCUUAUCACAAUGGGUCGUCUUGGAGCCACAUGCUAGGGCCAGUCUGGGUCACUAAAGAGGGGUGUAUCAGGUCAUGCCAGGUCACAGCAAGAGGUCAUCACAGGUCAUCUAAGGUCACAGGUGUCUCAGGGUAGGUUGCCUGUGUUGUGUUGUGUAGGGGGUGUUGAAAGUUGUUGUUUGUUGGGUGUAGGUUGUAGUGGUGGUGUUAAUUUGGAUUUUGUUGUAAUGUAUUCUUAAUUUUCUUCUUUGGUUUCUUUUUUUCUUUUCCAGGUUUUUUUUUUUUUUAUCUUUCUCAUUUUCAUUCUGACGUCAUGUAUUUUUUUCUUUUAUUCUCCGUCAUUCCUUUCUCCUUCAGUUCAUCUUUUCAUUAUCUCUCCAAGUGUGUGUGUGUGUGUGUGUGUGUGUGUGAGAGAGAGAGGGAGGGAGGAAGAGAGAGGUUGUAGAUAAGGAAGGUUUGAAAAAGUUUGAGUGAAGUUGAUAAGAAAGGAGAAUAUUUUGGUUUUGUCUUUGUGUGUGUGCGUGUGUGUGUGUGCGCCAGGAAGUGCCUCUCUGCUACCUUUCACUGUCAUUCUUAACGUCAGCUCAGUAAGGUCAGUGAUUCGCAGAGACCCAGUGAUGCUAGUGAUGGUUCAGCUAAGAGACAAAGACUAGACUGGGACUCUCUUCAACCUGCACAGGGACUGGCAUUAAGUGGGCCUCUUAUUCAUUUAUUUUUAUUAUCUGUUUACAUUUUUACUCUUUCUCUUGCCCUUUGCCAGCUUUUUCUCCUCUAACAUGAAAAAAGAGAAGGGAAAAUAAGGGUGUAAGUGUUUGGCAGCUGUCUGGUGUGGUGAAGCAUGAGACAAGUUGAUUUUAAGCUUUAUUUAGUGAUAUCUAGGGAUGUUGGAAGAGUUUUGGGGUAUUUAAUGAUUCUUGUGCUUAUCUUAGUGUUUUUGGGGGUAGUAUAUACAAUUCCUAUGGUUAAUUUAAAGUUUUCCGGGUAAUAUAGUGAUUCUUGUCUUUUACUUUGAGUUUUUGGGGUAAUAUAUAUGAUUGUUGUGGUUGAUUAAGAGUUUUUGGGGUAUUAUAUUUCAUUCUUGUGCUUAUCUUAGUGUUUUGGGGUAAAGAUGAGUUUUGUAUGCUAAAUUUUGAUUCUUGUACUGAAGUUAGAGUUUUUGUGAUGUGCGAUCAUUUUUCUAAGUUAAAGAAGAUCAAUAGUGUUGGUUUGAGGAGUCUUGUACGCUGAAGUUGAGGGAUCUGUGUGAUGUUUGAUAAUGUUUAAAGUUAAAGAUCGAUAGUUUUUUGGUAUAAUUUAUGAUGAUUCUUGUACGCUAAAGUUAAUUAAAGAGUUUUGGUGUAAUUUUAUGAUGACUCUUGUACGAUGAAGUUGAGGAGAUUGCGUGUGAUGUGUGAUAAAUUUUUCUAAGUUAAAGAAGAUCAAUAGUUUUUGGUGUGAUGUUUGAUGAGUCUUGUGCACUGAAGUCGAAGAGUUUUGGUGUGACAGUAUUUGAAGUUUAAGAGUUUUGGUGUGACGUCCGAUAACUUCCUGUACACUAAAGAAGGUGAAGAGUUUUUAUUGUGAUGUAUGAAAGCUCUUGUAUGUUGAGAUUGAGAAGUUUUGGUGUGAUAAUAUUUGAAGUUAAAGGGUUUUGGUGUGACGUCCAAUAACUUCCUGUACACUAAACAAGGUGAAGAGAUUUUAUUGUGGUGUAUUAUGGCUCUUGUACACUGAAGUUGAAGAGUUUAGGUGUAAGGUGCAAUAGUGUUUUAAAGUUUGAGUUUUGGUGUAAGGUACGAUGAUUUUUGUGAGCUAAAGAAGGUGAACAGCUUUGGUGUGAUGUAUGGUGACCCUUGUACCACUAAAGUUAAAUAAUUUUGAUACAACACAAGAUAUUUUUUGUACACUACGAACACUCCAGCCAUAUUUUUCAUGGUGGCUAUUUAUAAAGAGUCAAAUUAGAACAAUCUAUUUAUAUAUUUUAUAGUUAGUUGAAUUAGAACACUCAGUUAUCAAAGUAAUUCCAACUCUUAUAUUUCUACACUAAGAUAAGCAAAGGAAAGGUAAAUUAUUCUUAGGGAAACACACCAUAUCUUUUUGUACACAAACUGAAACAUUCCGAGAAAAAAAAACAUUCCACUUUGAAUAUAUGAAGAUUUUUGCACUGUU